UCGUUCGGUUCAGGACGGAGUGAGAAAGCGAGAAAGCAAUGUUAGAAGCGGGAAAAAAAGUUAAAUACGGCUACAUAUAGAUAUUUUUUUAAUGUGCAGGGGAAAACACAGUGAAUGUGGAUGGGCUUGACUUUGUGCGUAUGGAGACGCCUUUGAACAAGAGGCACCCGACGCUAAGAUUAGCAGAUUUGGCAGCAGCUCAAACCCUUCCUCAUCAGAAUAUGACAGGCCUCCUGGGGAUAGGGGGACAUCACCCUCACUCCAACUAUGCCCGACUCCACCCGGGGGACACGGGCAGCGACCCCGGAGUGGCACUCACUCCAUUUGGACCCGAGCACAUGGCACAGACAAAUGCUCCAAAACUUAGUACAUCUCAACACACUCAAAGCCACCCCGAAGCCCAUACCGCGGUAUCUUUCACCACUUCUGAGAAAACAUUUAGUUUCCCCGCGGCUCACCCCCACCUAGGUUACACCACCAGCAGAGACUACGUUCUCACGAGAGAUCUUUCAGCCUCUGCUAUGCACACGCUUGGCGAUCGGCAUAGUUCCGCCUCCUCUUCUCGUCGACAUGGCACGUUUCUUUCUCCAACAGGUGCUUACGGGCACGCAGAAGGUGGUACCCAUUCACUUUUUCCGGGACUUCAAGAUCAAGUCGCCUCAGGUUCCCACUCGCAUAGUGCUCUGAACGGGCAGCUGCACCUGAGUUUUCCGGGGGACAUUUAUGGCAGGCCAGAACAUUUCGGUCACAGGCCCGAACACUACGGACCUUCUCUGUUCGGCUACAACUCCAUGAACUUAAAUGGGAAUGUUGCUUCGACUCCUCAUGCAGCCACAGGGGCGUUUUUGAAGUACAUGAGACAGCCCAUCAAACAAGAGUUAAUCUGCAAAUGGAUUGACCAGGAAAAACCUUCAAAGAAGCCAUGCAACAAAACUUUCAGCACCAUGCAUGAUUUGGUUAACCACGUUACCGUAGCGCACGUUGGGGGACCGGAGCAGAGCAGUCAUGUUUGUUUUUGGGAGGAAUGUCCGCGAGACGGCAAAGCUUUUAAGGCAAAGUACAAACUGAUAAAUCACAUACGAGUUCACACUGGAGAAAAACCAUUCCCGUGUCCUUUCCCUGGUUGCGGAAAAGUAUUCGCUCGUUCGGAAAACCUCAAGAUCCACAAGAGGACGCACACAGGAGAGAAGCCAUUUAAGUGUGAAUUUGAAGGGUGUGACAGGAAAUUCGCAAACAGUAGUGACAGGAAGAAGCACUCUCACGUCCAUACGAGUGACAAACCUUACUACUGCAAAGUAAGAGGCUGUGACAAGUCUUACACACACCCCAGUUCCUUGAGGAAACACAUGAAAGUUCACUGCAAAUUCCCCCCACCCCCUUGUGCGAACACAGAGUCAUACCACUCGUCGACGGCUCACAGAGACACCCUCUCCCCAAUCUCCGAGACUCACAGGUGCCAUUCUGCAAGUCUCUCGCCUCCGGUUGCCAAUCUCAAUGAAUGGUACGUGUGUCAAGGAAAAGCAGGGCCGAACCAUCCUCACGGCCCGUUCAGUGAUGUUCCGACGUCGGACUCGGAAGCGGAGGAAGCUUUCAGGAACUCGGACCCAAAGACAAUGAUUUAAUAUUGACAUAGAAAAUGCAAAGGCAAAUGUUGCUAAAAUAUUGCACCAAUUGCAGAAAAUGCGGCAAGUUCACGGAAAAUAUAAGGAUAUCAGUAAGUCCUGAAAGGGAACAGGAAACAAUUCUCGAGAAAUCAAAUUGUAAAGGACAACAACAAUUGAAAUCUACCAUCACUAAAAUAAAUAAAUAAAUAAAUAAAUAAAUAAAUAAAUAUCCGAGGCAUGGAAAGCAUCUCUGGUUGACGAUUGACGAUUUAUGAAAACGAUGACUACUGAACAUCAGAAGCCGGCAAAAGCCAUGGCAUAUCAUAACGUUAUAUGAAUAUGAACAUUCCGCACAAAUCAACCUUGACAGUGAACACACAAAUAUACUUCGCGUUCAUAUUAAUGCUGUCCUGGCCUCUGACACUAUUCAAUCAUAACUGACUGGAUGAUAGGAUGACUUGGUCUUAUGUUUUAUCUCAUCACUAUCCACUAUCAGUCUUCAAUCAGAUUGAUCCAUCAAUUUCUCAAGCACGAUAAGAACGUUUACCAUCUUUUGGGAUAGUGCAACUUUAACGUUGCUAUGAAUACAUAUAGCUCCUCACAUACAAACUGACACAAUAAUGAUAAUAUUUCAUCUUAUUAUUUUUAAUUUAAUUAUUAACUAAUUCAAAACUAUUGUGAACAUAUUACAGGUAAGAGGUAUGAAAAAUGAUAUCUAAAAAAAUGUAACAUUCACAACUCGCAUGAUCCAAUGUCUUCAUAGGUUACUGAUAAGAAAGCAAAGGUAAAUGGGAGCGUAUCAAGGUCAACACAGCAGGCUUCGUUCCUCUAAAUGUGGGCUAAAUUACAAAUGAUUUUGUGCUGUAUUUAAAAUAAUAAUAAUAAUAUAUUAUACAAAACAAAUUUAAAAAUCAUCGUUAUA